AUAAUGUAUGCCUUUGCUUAGAAAUGGUAAAUAGAUUUGACGAAGUAAACUACGAACUCAAACAAAAAUUACCAAAUAUAUUUUUGCGCCUUUCACUUUCAUUUAUUUAAAAAAACACAUAAAAUUGCUACUUUCGAGUUCUCAGAAUAUGCUAACGGUGUUUUGUGAAAAUGGACUGAGUAACUUUUUAUAAUGAUCGUACGUUUAUAAAACCAAGUAAACCAGUGAAGUGCAAUCUCGCAAAAUGGGCUUGGACUUUGAUGUGUUCGAAUUCUGCAAAAAACUACGACAAAACCGGCCUCCUCCGUAUCAAUGUCCGUUGGAAAAAUGUGAUAAGGUGUAUAAGAGUUUAUGUGGGCUCCAGUAUCACCUAGUUCACUAUGAUCACGAUAAUCCGACGCCGGCUACACCUGCGGUCGCGAGUAACCGCAAGAAGGGAAGAGGUCGUGCCGCGGUGCCAACCGGAGAUAUCGCACUCCAGAGUCCGCCUAAAGAAGCCCUAACAUUUGCUGAAGCUCAGAAAGUUGUGCAGUUUGAAAUCGAUGGCAAAAUCAGUAGAAUACCAAUUGACCAACCACUGCCUAUGAUGUCUCUUGAUGAAUGGGAAAAGAAGAAUGCUGAACUGGAGAAGCCUUUGCCUAUCGUGGAGCCUCCAGCUGACCCUCAUGUGGAGUUACCAGAAGCUAGUUUCAAGCUCAUUGAAGACUACAACGAACGCGUGUGCGACGCACCGCCGCGCCCUAACGCCUACAUACGUUUCAUAGAGAAAUCAGCUGAGGAGUUGGACGGAGAAGUGGAGUAUGAUGUGGAUGAAGAGGACACCGCGUGGCUGGCACUUGUCAACAAGACGAGAGCUAAGCAGAACCUGCCGCCAGUGACUGUGGACACAUUGGAACUGCUUAUGGAUAGACUGGAGAAGGAAUCUUAUUUUCAAGCAACACAAAACGGACAACAAACAGCAGCUACUGUAGACGAGGAUGCUGUAUGCUGCAUUUGUAUGGACGGCGAGUGUCAGAACACCAACGUCAUUCUGUUCUGUGAUAUGUGCAACCUGGCUGUGCAUCAGGACUGCUAUGGGGUUCCAUACAUACCUGAAGGGCAGUGGCUGUGCAGACGAUGUCUUCAAUCGCCAUCUCGUCUAGUGAACUGUGUUCUAUGUCCGAAUACUGGCGGUGCAUUUAAGCAGACAGACCAAGGCACCUGGGCUCACGUGGUGUGCGCCCUCUGGAUACCUGAAGUGAGAUUCGCUAACACCGUGUUUUUGGAGCCCAUUGACUCAAUUGAGAUGAUCCCAGCGGCUCGCUGGAAGCUGCAGUGCAUGGUGUGCAAACAGCGGAGUGUGGGGGCGUGUAUACAGUGCCACAAGAGCAACUGUUACUCCGCGUUUCAUGUCACAUGUGCUCAGCAAGCUGGUUUGUACAUGAAGAUGGAAGCAGCCGGCGCGGGCAGGGACCCCAGCCAGCCUGUGCAGGUCGCCAAGAUGGCGUACUGCGAUGCGCACACGCCGGCACAUAUACUACAGGAAAGACGCGCGCAAGAGUCGGAAGGCGAAUCAAAGUCGAAUGAUCUCACAGCCAUCAGGCAAAAGGGCAGAGAGAAGAUUAAACAGGCACGUCGUGUGCUAGCCCUGAAGCGCACGUGGGCGCCUGUGGUGCUGGUGCCCACGCUGCCCGCGGCGCGCGUGGCCGAGGUGGCGGCGCUGGCGCCGGGCGCGCUGGCGGCCCGCGCGCAGCUCAUGAAGAAGCUGCUCGCCUACUGGACGCUCAAGCGGCACAGCAGGAACGGGGUGCCGCUGCUCAGGAGGCUGCAGAGCCUCACCAGCCAUCAUGGCACAAGAGGCAUACAAGACGGCACAGUCAAUGUGAGAGAGCUUUGCAAUCAGUUGAAGUACUGGCAGAGGAUUCGACAGGACUUGGAACGAGCUAGGCUGUUGUGUGAGCUGGUCCGCAAGCGCGAGCGCCUGAAGGCGGAGUACACGCGCGUGUGGGAGCGCUGCGUGCUGCACUCGCUGCGGCCCGAGCGCGCCGCGCUGCACAAGCUGCUGCGGCUGCUGCGCCAGAGGGACGCCAGCGACAUCUUCACCGAGCCCGUCGACCUGCAGGAGGUACCAGAUUACAGUACCAUAGUGAAGCACCCGAUGGACCUGAGCACUAUGGGCAAGAAGCUGGACCGCGGCGCCUACAAGACCAUAGACGAUGUAGAGGCGGACUUUAAACUCAUGAUAGACAACUGUCUCACAUACAACAAUAAGGAUACCGUGUUCUACAAGGCGGGGGUGAAGAUGCGCGAGCAGUGCCUGCCGAUCUUCCGCCAGGCGCGGCGAGACGUCCGCGAGGCGGGGCUGCAGGCGCUGGCCGCCGCCAGCCCGCCGCGCAGCCCGCGCCCGCGCAGCCCGCCGCCCGACAGGUGCGUACAUACAGGGGGGAGUGGCUUCCUGUCCCAUCCAGGACAAAUUUUUGGCUUAUGCACUUUUGCUAUUAAAAAUGCUAUAAUGGUAAAUGUAAAUAUUUCCAAGUGUUUGGAAACAUGUUUCUGUAACUUAAUUUUCGUGUUCAGCGUGUCGAGUCCAACCCGCGCGAGUCCGGCUAGCGGGCGCGCGCGCCGCAGCCUGAGCCGCGCCGCCAGUCGCGCCGCCAGCCGCGCGCGCUCGCGCAGCUCCAGCGACAGCGACAGGGAACACACGCCCGAAAGGCGAGUUGAGCGCGCGGUGUCCGUAGCUCGCAGCGAACGACGACAGUCCACCACUCAAAAAGACUCCGACGAUGAAGCUAUUGUGCGUGAAGGCACAUCCUCUAGCGGCUGGCGCGGUCGCGGUCGCGGUCGCUCACGACGAGGCACGCGCGCGCGCGGCCGCGGACGACGCUCACGCGCUCCUGCCACUUCACAUGCACAGGCCGCGGCGCGGACUGACAACGAAUCCCCGACAUCGGACUCGGAGACUCCUCUCGCGAAGCCAGUCGAGCGCACCCUCAAGCUAGCGACCCCCGAGAAGUCGCCAGUCAAACAGGUUGAGACACCAGUUCCAGGGCUGGGGCUCAUGGGUGGGCUCAGGAAGCCCACGCUGCUCGUGUCUCCGUCCACCAUCGCUGCGCCACCCAAGAGUUUCGGCUCUGAUGCGUCACUGCCGACGUUGUCCGCGAGUCUGGGUCGCUCGAGCUUAGAGACCUCGCCGAAGAAGAAAGGUCGCGGCAGACCGCGCAAGCAAGACAAGGACAAGUCCGCGUCGUCGCCCGACUUAUUUAGGUCUGCGCAAGGCGGCGAGGGUAAAGGUGUGUCGACGCCCGUGCCUGCCUCGUUCCUGCAGUACCGCGGGCCCCCAGGUGAAGUUGGCUCGGAUAGCGACCUGGCCUUCUCAAGGUCCUCAAGCAGCAGCUCGGCGUGGUCGCAGUCGUGCUCGUCGUGCACGCACUACGACGACGACGAAGUCUCGGACCACUCCUGUUCUAUGAGCUCUAGCGAUGGGUCGAGCUACAACGACACAGUUGAGUCGACGAUGUCGGGCAGCGGCGCGGAGCAGCGUCGUCGUCGCGCCCGCAAGCCGCCCGCCGCAGACCCCGCCACGCCCAGCAAGGGUCGCGGGACCAGAUCUUCCUCGUCAAAGACACCCGUCAAGUCUGCGCAGGCGUCGACUUUACAAUUAGAACCGUUACAACUUGUUUGGGCCAAAUGCAGAGGCUACCCGUGGUACCCGGCGCUGAUCAUCGACCCAAAAAUACCAAAAGGCUUCAUCUACAACGGCGUGCCGCUCCCAGUCCCGCCGCAAGACGUGCUCAACCUUAAAAAGAACCACUCACACGAACCAAUUCUAUACCUUGUUCUAUUCUUCGAUGUCAAACGCACUUGGCAAUGGCUUCCACCUAUCAAAUUAGAGCCUUUAGGAAUUGACAAGAGUGUUGAUCAAGCGAAAUUGAUCGAAUCAAGAAAGCCGACAGAUCGUAAAGCAGUUAAGAAGGCUUACGGUGAUGCUAUGCAGUUCCGGAAGCAGGUGCAUGGAGAGGAUAAAUGACAAAGGUUCACGUACAGGUCCCGCCGGCCUGCGAGACACAGAGCUCUCAAUUUCGGCACUUUCUCCACGAUGAACAUUCGCACACCGGACGACACCAGCGACUCCAGUGAUUAAAGCUUCUGCUUUUAUAAAUCUGUUGUAUGAUACAUAAUGUGAAGUGUAUGGUUCGCUGUCAUGGAUGAUAAACUUUGUAUCAACGGUUCUAUGUAAAACUGAAAGAAUUUGAGUGUAUAUCUCAUUCAUUGUGUAUACGAACCCUCAAAGAGGUGUUUGAAUAAAAUUAGGACUGUAAUUGGCACAAUAAAUUGAAUAUUGGACAAUUGGAAAUGUAGUUUGUAACUAAAACUCGAAUUACACCUCUGUUAUAUUAGGCCAGUUGAAUAUUCUCAAUAUUAAUAAUAUGUAUUAUUUGUCUACUUAUAUAAUAUAGUUAAAUAGCUCCACAAUUUCAGUAAUUCCGUAACCUAUUUAAGCUACAAUUGAAUAACUAAUGUAUAUCGAUCGACAAGUUGUUUUCGUAGUUUGCAGUGUACACUAGCGCCAAAUUGUUUCAAGACAGCGUGUCUAUAUAAGUAACAAAAAGGCAUAGAUUUGUUGUCAAUAGUUUUUUGUAAGUUACUGAAGCACAAGUACACAUUGCGAACUAAUAUUUCUUGUAUUUAAAUGAAAUUCAGGAUUAUACCUACUUAUAGUUAUAAAUUGUUGUAAUAGUCAACUUAUAAUAUUAUUAUAUACCAUUUACCCACCCUCUUAAAUCUGGUAGUGUAUGUAUAAGUAUUUUUACCAUAUAAUAAACAAUCAUGUACACUUAGGAACUAUCAAAAUGUAUGUAUUGGAUAUAGAAUCAAAUAGAAAGUUUCAGAUAGGUGUGAGCAGUAAAAUAUCUAGUAAGGCCAACAGGACGAGAUAAAAAACGUAAACAAUUGGACCGUUACUGAGUUACAUUGCGAUAGCGAGGGAUUGUUAUCCCUGACCUUAUCACUCGUACGCACAUAUAUGGCGUGAUUUGAUCGAUGACAGCUGUCGUUAUGUUUCGUGGUACGGUCCAUAUUGUGAACCAGUUCAUUCUCUCAUUUUUGUUAAAAUCCGAACUUUAUAAUACUUCAUUCAAAUAGAAAUGUUAUGAAUCCCUGAAAAUGUGUUUACAUUUUUUAUCUCGUCUUGUUGGCCUUACUAUAGUUGUGUAAAUAAUUUGCAAGAAUUGUGUUUCUGAUUGAUCAUUUCAUUAUAUGACAUACAGGCAAUGGUGAAUUUACACCUUACCUUCUCAACCUUAAUUUGUAACCUUACUUCAUAAUGACAGUGUGAUAAAAUAAGUUACUUGUGAAAACCAAAAUGCAGUCGUUUUUAUCUGAGAUUUUUCCCAAUUUGCUAAGCUAUAUAAGAGUUUCUUGUAUUUACAUAAGUGUCAGUGGUAAUUUGUGUGUAUUCUAUCAAUGGAAAAGUGUGUUUCCUAAUGUUUUAUCUUACUUUUUUGCAUGUUCAUAACAUGAAAAUAUUACAAUCUGUCUGGCCAUGUAAUGCUAAUAUUCAAAGAAUUGUAAAAUUUUAAAGUUGUUAUUGUUUUAUGCCUUUUUUAGGAAAUACAUAAAAUGUGUAUUUUA